GCACUAGGAUUAUAGGCAUGUGCCACCUUGUGCCAAUUUUAAAUCUGAAUACUGACGAGGAUUUUUAUUGUUGGAAAGGACCACAUGGGUUUAGUUGCAGACAACAGAAUCCACAGCAGCUAUUUUAAGCAAAGAAAGGAUGGUUAAUUAUGUGGCACCAGGUGAACUAAAGAAAGACUAAGCCAAGCUCCAAGAAUGACUCAGAGCCAUAAUGCAUUCCAUUCUUUUUUUUGGGGGGGGGUACCGGGGAUCGAACUUGGGUCCUUGCACUUGUGCAGCAGGCGGCGAAACCACUGAACUAAAUCCCUGGCCCGCAAGGACUCAAAUGUGGGAUAGAAAUUUCUGAGGCUACAGAAAAAUUCUAACCCAAGUUUUCAUUGAGACUCUCUCAGUUGUUAGUGGCAAAGCCCAACCCAACGAUCUUUAUUUUAGCAUUGGCGUAGUGCAUUGUAGAACAUUGGUGCUGUCCAAUAUGGCAGCCAUUGUCAAUGUAUGGCUUUGAUGCUUUGGCCAUUGUUGAGUCUGACACAGGACAUAAAGAAUCUGAAGCUUCUUUUUACCAUAGUAUGAAAUACUAUAGAGGUUCAUUUCCCUCCUCCCUCCCCUAUGUCAUGCCCAGCCCCAUGGACCCAUACUGUAGUCAUCUCUUCAUUGAGAACGGGGUAUUGCGAAGCCUUAGGAAAUGGUACAUGAGACCAGAGUGGGUCUGAAUCCCAGAGGAAGUGGGAGAUGUACUUGCCAUGUUCUGAGCACUCAACGCACAGCCAACACACCAGUGGAGAGCUUGUCCAAGUGGCCACCGGAAGAUAGCUUUGGACCUAGUGUGUCCUCCCACAGGAAACAGGACCAUAAAUUUAAUGAACUGGUGUGGUGGCAGCAUUAACAGGAAAUAAAGGGUCGUCUCCCUUUUUUGUUGAUUUCCUUCAGAGCUUUGACAGUUCACUACAGGGACAUGCAGCGAUUCAGUGAUACACAGCUGCGAGCUCUGUGGCAAGGGCUUUCGCCUGCAGCGUAUGCUCAACCGCCACCUCAAGUGCCACAGCCAGGUGAAGAGGCACCUGUGCACCUUCUGUGGUAAGGGCUUCAACGACACCUUCGACCUCAAGCGGCAUGUCCGAACGCACACAGGCAUUCGGCCCUACAAGUGUGACGUGUGCAACAAGGCCUUCACGCAACGCUGCUCACUGGAGUCGCACCUGAAGAAGAUCCAUGGCGUGCAUCAGCAGUACGCCUACAAGCAGCGGCGAGACAAGCUGUACGUGUGUGAGGACUGUGGCCACACGGGUCCCUCGCAGGAAGACCUGUACCUGCAUGCACACCGUGCACACCCGGGUAGUGCCCUCCUGCAAAAGACUUCCAAGAAGUUGGCGGCGUUGCUGCAGACCAAGCUGGUGGCCUCAUGCCCUGGGGACGCUAGCCUGAGCGAAGAAGAGGCCCGGAAGUGAGGGCUCUGUCUGAGGGUGCCUUGCGCCCCCAUCCCACUGGCUGUUUUCUUUCCCCAGUACUGGGUAUUGAACCCAGAACCUUCGCACUGAGCUACAUUCUCAGCCCUUGUUUUUUAUUUUGAGACAUGCUCUCAGUAAGUUGCUCAGGCUGAUCUCAAACUUGGAACCCUCCUGCCUUAGCCUCUCUGAGCGCUAGGGUCACAGAUAUGUCAGCCACAGCUGGCUCCCACUCACCCUUCAUCACAAGUGUUGGGUUCAUCUUUGUCUGCUUGGGACAGCAGCAGUAGAUCCCUUCCUAGGUGGCCAGCUCCUGUGUGAUUGUGACUGGGUCCAUUUUCCACACUGCCGAUGGGCUGGGGUCAACAGCAAGAGUUUUUUUUUGGUAUGAUUUUAGCACAUGGAAAGAGGGCUGUGCUUAGACCAUCAUUUUAUGGUGCCUUGAAAUGCUUCUCAAGAAUGGAAAAUGAAUUUUAUUAGAGAGUUCACAGAAAUUAUUUUAAUAAAUGAAACGUUCAUGUGAAACUUUAAAAAAAAUUGGCUGUUGAGCUAUAGCUCUGCGGGGCUUGCUGUGGACACUGGUCAUUUGAGGGAGUUAAUGGUUGGCAUUGGUGGGUGGGGUCAGAAAGCAAAUCUUUUUAUUUUUUUGAGACAGGGCU